CCAGUGCAUAAUGUGGGAAGAGCCAAAGUCAUAACGGGAAGUAAAAUACAAAUUCAACAAACAUGUUUUAGACCGGGAGUAUGUGACUGUUAGGACAGAGAAGAUGUCUGUCCUAUCGCUCGAGUCCCUCUGCCUAGCAGAUAAUGACAGUCCGUCCUCCGCAGAAGACCUAGACCUGGAGGAUAAGUGGGAUACAGACCUGGAGGUUGAUGAGGUGAAAAAACCCAGUAAAGACACAUCGACUGCUGAGAUAUACCUGCAGGCCUGCAAGCUGGUCGGGGUGGUUCCUGUCUCCUACUUCCUCCGGAACCUAGGCACCUCCACCAUGAACCUCAACCACCAUGGCCUGGGACCUCUAGGGGGCAAGGCACUAGCCAUCGCCCUGGUGACUGACAUGCACAUCACCAACCUGGAGUUGGCAGACAACUACCUGCUGGCUGAGGGAGCCAGAUACCUUCUAGAGAUGUUAAAGGCAAAUUUCACCAUUCAGCAUCUGGAUUUGUCCAACAAUCACCUACAGUCUGAAGGGGCUGAGUGCAUUACAAAAAUGUUGCUCGAUAACAUUUCCAUCAAAUCCAUCAAACUUUCAGGGAAUGGAUUCAUAGAGGACGAUGCUAAAAGUUUUGCAGAUGCCCUGGCAAGCAACUAUAGAGUGAAGGAGCUGGACUUGAGCCACAAUCAGUUCUGUGGGAGAGGUGGGGAGCAUCUGGGCCAUAUGUUAGCAAACAAUGAAGCUCUGGAGGUACUAGACUUGAGCUGGAACCAUCUGAGAAUGAAAGGAGCUGUGGCUUUCUGUGCCGGCCUCAAGGUGAAUGUGACCCUGAAACACCUGGACCUGUCCUGGAAUGGCUUUGGGAAUGAGGGGGCCUUGGCUUUAGGAGAGGCACUGAAAUUCAACAACACUCUGGUGUACCUGGACCUCAACAACAACCGCAUCACCAACGAGGGGGUGGGCAUGCUGUGCAAGGGGCUGGAGGCCAACGACACUCUCAGAGCACUGAUGCUGGCUUAUAACUCUCUGACAGUGGAGGGGGCGCUGGCUCUUGUUACUGUGGUCAAGAACACCCCCAAAACUGCUCUGGAGGAGAUCAACAUAUCCAAUGUGUUGGUGAAUGAGAAUUUUGUGCAGCUGCUGGAUCUGACAUGCCAGGAGCAUCCCUCUCUAGAGGUGCAGUAUGCAGGGGUCGGGGGCUUUAUUGCUAAGAAACCACCCAAACGCCUUGACCCAAUGAAAGUAAUCCAGGAUUAUCUGGAUGAACGGAAGUUGCGUCUUUGGGACUUCUUUCGGAAAAUCGAUAAAGAUGGGACAAUGCGAGUGCCUGUGGCAGACUUCAGGAAGGCUGUGCAGCAAUCCAACAUCCCCUUGGAUCGAUACCAGAUUGAGGAGUUGAUUCAGAGACUGGAUCGUGAAAGGACAGGGAUGGUAGACUACAGGGGCCUGGCCGACACCAGGAAGCAGAUGAUGAGGGACCACCGGCGGCAGCUGCGUAAGGUGGAGUCCCGUCAGAAGAAAGAGAAGCAGAAGAGUGAGCGCAUCCUGAAGACCUUCCAGAGCGCCGUGGAGGCCAACACCCCCCGCAGUUCCAUGGUUAUGUCCCCAGGGGGCACCAAGGAGGACUCCAGUGGCCCCCAGCACUUCUCUGCCACCCCACUCAGCUCCUGGCACCACAUUGUCAUGUCCAACAGCAGCCGCUACUCUGUCACAAACCUGAGCAGUGAGCACAUCCACCUCCCCAUGCUAGGGGGCAGCACCCACCAACGGCCCACCAGUUCCCCCACCAUGCGCUCCUACUCCCAGCCCAACCUGAUGGAUGACUCCCAACGAUACCCCCAAUCCAAACCCUCCUCGGCCCAGGGGAUGCUCUCUGACUCCAACCCUGAUGUUGACCACAAGCUGAGCACCACUGCCAACCACCUGACCAGGUCCAGUCCAGCACUGAACUCCAAGCAGCCAGACACUAAAACCAAAACCACCAAAGUGAAGAAAAAAAAGAAACGCGUGGAUAAAACUCCACAUGAACAGAAUCAAACACAAUCAUCAAAGUGACUGCUGCUGCUGUGUCUUACUAUGCAGUAACCGCUCCACUGACCCAUCGUCAUACAGUGGGGCAAAAAAGUAUUUAGUCAGCCACCAAUUGUGCAAGUUCUCCCACUUAAAAAGAUGAGACCUGUACUUUACAUCAUAGGUACACUUCAACUAUGACAGACAAAAUUAGAAAAAAUAUCCAGAAAAUCACAUUGUAGGGAUUUUUAAUGAAUUUAUUUGCAAAUUAUGGUGGAAAAUAAGUAUUUGGUCACCUACAAACAAGCAAGAUUUCUGGCUCUCACAGACAUGUAACUUCUUCUUUAAGAGGCUCCUCUGUCCUCCACUCGUUACCUGUAUUAAUGGCACCUGUUUGAACUUGUUAUCAGUAUAAAAGACACCUGUCCACAACCUCAAACAGUCACACUCCAAACUCCACUAUGGCCAAGACCAAAGAGCUGUCAAAGGACACCAGAAACAAAAUUGUAGACCUGCACCAGGCUGGGAAGACUGAAUCUGCAAUAGGUAAGCAGCUUGGUUUGAAGAAAUCAACUGUGGGAGCAAUUAUUAGGAAAUGGAAGACAUACAAGACCACUGAUAAUCUCCCUCGAUCUGGGGCUCCAUGCAAGAUCUCACCCCAUGGGGUCAAAAUGAUCACAAGAACGGUGAGCAAAAAUCCCAGAACCACACUGGGGGACCUAGUGAAUGACCUGCAGAGAGCUGGGACCAAAGUAACAAAGCCUACCAUCAGUAACACACUACGCCGCCAGGGACUCAAAUCCUGCAGUGCCAGACGUGUCCCCCUGCUUAAGCCAGUACAUGUCCAGGCCCGUCUGAAGUUUGCUAGAGAGCAUUUGGAUGAUCCAGAAGAAGAUUGGGAGAAUGUCAUAUGGUCAGAUGAAACCAAAAUAUAACUUUUUGGUUAAAACUCAACUAGUUGUGUUUGGAGGACAAAGAAUGGAGAGUUGCAUCCAAAGAGCACCAUACCUACUGUGAAGCAUGGGGGUGGAAACAUCAUGCUUUGGGGCUGUUUUUCUGCAAAGGGACCAGGACAACUGAUCCGUGUUAAGGAAAUAAUGAAUGGGGCCAUGUAUCGUGAGAUUUUGAGUGAAAACCUCCUUCCAUCAGCAAGGGCAUUGAAGGUGAAACGUGGCUGGGUCUUUCAGCAUGACAAUGAUCCCAAACACCCCGCCCGGGCAACGAAGGAGUGGCUUCGUAAGAAGCAUUUCAAGAUCCUGGAGUGGCUUAGCCAGUCUCCAGAUCUCAAUCCAUAGAAAAUCUUUGGAGGGAGUUGAAAGUCUGUGUUGCCCAGCAACAGCCCCAAAACAUCACUGCUCUAGAGGAGAUCUGCAUGGAGGAAUGGGCCAAAAUACCAGCAACAGUGUGUGAAAACCUUGUGAAGACUUACAGAAAACAUUUGACCUCUGUCAUUGCCAACAAAGGGUAUAUAACAAAGUAUUGAGAUAAGCUUUUGUUAUUGACCAAAUACUUAUUUUCCACCAUAAUUUGCAAAUAAAUUCAUUAAAAAUACUACAAUGUGAUUUUCUGGAUUUGUUUUUCUCAUUUUGUCUGUCAUAGUUGAAGUGUACCUAUGAUGAGAAUUACAGGCCUCUAUCAUCUUUUUAAGUGGGAGAACUUGCACAAUUGGUGGCUGACUAAAUACUUUUUUGCCCCACUGUAUAUUAUUUUUACUGGAAAUAUUCAUAAUAGGUAUUAAUAAUAAUAAUUACAUAGAGUCCAUGUAUUACACAAAAUAAAUAUUAUUCCAGUAUGCAUGGCCACGUUUCAUGCAAACCUUAUUCUUACCCAGCUAAAUUCGAUGGUAUGAUUAUCUUUAGUUGUUGGGUUAGUUGUUGAAUUGAUGUGCCUUAGCUCAAUACUAUGAACUCUUUUGUUUAAGGUACCAUUUAGAUACCAUUUAGUACCAGGACUCUACCCAAGACUGUUCCUAACAACUCAUAUGGUCAUGAUACAGCUAUGGUCAAUGACCAUGUCGACUUUUCACUUGAGAUAUUUCUCUUUUGUACGAUUUAAAACUUUUGGUCUUGUGAUUGGUCAUCUGUGUUCUCUGUCAGAUCUCCUCCAUGCUGGUGGUCCUGACCCAGCUGGAGUGGUACAAUGAGAACCUGCUGCUGGUGACCCGUCGUGAGUACAUCAAGAUACAGCUCAAACUGAAGGAGUGUGAUAGGCACCACAACCAGAUCUUCAUAUAAUGAGGUGUAUUAGUACUUAUAUAAUGAUGUGUAUCAGCCAAAUGAAGGUCAGUUGUGGCUAAUAAGCAUGACUAUAUCUUAUAUAAAAUACUUUAAAUGUUUUUUUCCAUGCUGACAACAGUCCCUUAUGCUGAUAGCAAAUUCAGUUCCAAACUUAAAGUUAGAGGAAACGUAGUUUUGGACUGUAGACUUUGUUCAUCUUCAUGUACUGUAGGUAUCAAACAGUGUCACCAACAUUAUAGCGGGAUAUUGUGAUACUGUAUUAGGGGAUAAUCUCUCUCAAUAUGUAGCACAUUGUUAAGAAUUAAUUAACAAUAACCCCCUUCAUUCCUGAGUAUACUUAGUCUGCUCAUUAUUGAUAUCUAACCACAUAGAAAAUAAAACGUGUUCAAUUUAAUUUGAAAGUUUACAUGUGUAGACUACAGCAAAGUCUUGAAAAAACAAAUGAAUACUACGAUAGACCCAAUCCGCUUUGGCCAUCAUUUCCUGUAAAUGAAAGAAUAAUUUACAAAAGCCAUUUAUUAUAUCAGCAAUGUAUUAUUAUUCAAACAUGCAUAACAGUAUUGAUCGGACUAUGGAACUCUGCUUGAGUGAAUUAACUACUCAAAUGUGGUUCAUGGAAAAACUAGGGCAGAAUCAAACAC